ACAAGAUGCCGACUAUGUGUGAAGCACUGCUACCGGAAUCCUGGUUGGGAUUCGAUCAAGAAAAGCGUGCGGAAGUACUCAAGCGUGACCCAGUUGUAUCACCACUAGGCGGUCCAUGCAUGGACCUUCUCUCCGAGUGCACUAAGAAGGCAAGCAUCCUUGAAGCUAAG